AUGAGAAUAUUGCAAUGGAUUAUCGUCGUGGCAUCUGUAUUAGGAAUAAGCUUAGCUGCUACAGAUAUUACACCUUCGACUAAUUUUUAUUUAACUGAAAAUGAUAAACUUAGAUUACUCAAGGUCCUCGAACUAGGAUUUCAACUCAAUGAUGUUCAAUCUACAUUUUAUGCUGUCUUAGGGUACAAAUUGCUGGAUAAAGCUGUUCCUAAUUCUUCGGAUUUGUGUAAAUACUUGAUUCAAAAUGCUGGAAUGGACUCAAACAUGACUCCCGAAUCAAUUUUUUUCAUCAUAUCUGCAUGGCAGAGUAUUGGUUCUUGUCAAUCGUUGCCUGUAUCUUCACUAUCAAAAAUAUUAUCUGAAGUGAUAGAAAAAGAUACAUCGACAGUUCCUGACUUGUAUCAUGCCAUAUCUGCGUAUGUUGCUCUGUCUCAGAAAUUGUCACAAUCUACGACAUCAAAAGUUGUCAAAGUUCUACAAGCUGCGUUGAAAAAAGAUGAUAAUUUUUUGAACGUUGGUUAUAUUUAUCAUAUUGCUGCAAACUUAGGGCCAGCUGGAGAUUUUGCUCUAGAUAAGAUUGAAGACACUAUUGUUCAAGCUGAUGAAAUUGACGGUCGCUUUUUGCGAUUUGAAGGUGGUCUUUCAGUGACAAGUCUUUUAGUUACUGGAAUAGCUAAAUUAUCAGCUGCACGAAAGAAACCUCCACCUGUUACUCCUGAACAAAUCGUCAAAAUAACUAAUUACUUACUCUCAAGACAUUUGGUACAGUCUAUUAAGGGUGCUGCUAUGCUACUAUCUGCAUUAAAAACUAUUGCAAAUAAUGAUUUCAAUAAGCCUAUUUGUAUUACGCUUGCUGAAGGGAAAAACGCUGUAUCCGCUAAACAACCAUUAGUUAAUAUCAAAGUAAGUGAUAUCUUCGGUAAUUCACUUCCAACGGUUCCUACCGUAAUUGCGAACUCAGCAACGAGUUUGGACGACGACGUUGUUGUCAUCAGUAAGAAAAGCUUUACUCCAUCUCCAAAGGAUAAAACUAUUUUUACGAUGAAUUUUAUGAAUAUUAAACCUCAUCGGGGAUUUUACAAAGUAGCAAUUCAAGCAGGAUCAGUUUCGACUACUGUAACAGUUAAAGUUUUGUCUGAAGUGAAACUUGACUAUUUAGAAAUUGGUACUGGUGAUGCUGAUCAAACAACUCAGUCAAAAUUAAUCAAAAUUACUUAUCCGAAGAAACUCGAUCAUAAAAUUGAAGCUGAUUCACAACAAAAACUGGUUAUGAAAUUUUCUUUAUUAGAUAUUACACUCAGUAAAUCGAUGCGUGUACAUCAAGCUUUUGUAAGAUUGUCAAAGCUUAUUAAAUCUGUUGAAGAAAAACAACUUCAUGAAGUUAUCUUUGUGGCAGAGCCUGAUGCUUCGAAUAUUUAUAAGUUUGAAAUGCCUGUCGGAAGUGAAGCUCAAACGUUCGGUUAUUAUUCUGGUGAAUAUGACGUUGAUUUGAUUGUUGGUGAUGCGGUCCUUAACAAUUCAUUCCAAUGGCGUGUAGCAACUGUAGAUUUGAAAUUCCCCGAACAAACAGGCAAUGAAGUUGUUAAUAUGAAUAAAUUUGUAGGAUACAGUAAAAAUUCUGCAAUAUUUACACCAAAGUCAGAAAUAAAGCAUAUGUUCCGAGAACCUGAAAAGAGACCACCAGUUUUUAUGUCAAACGUAUUCACUGGCCUUUGUUUAGCUCCAUUAUUGCUUUUAUUUAUUUUAUGGGCAACAUUAGAUGUUAAUAUUUCCAAAUUUCCAUACUCUCUGAGUGCAAUAAUUUUUCACUUUGGAUUAGGUGGAAUUUUUGUACUUUUCGGAAUAUUCUGGUUAAAGCUCAAUAUGUUUGUGACACUACAAUAUCUUCUAGGGCUUGGCAUUUCAACGUUCUUAGCAGGCAGCAAACUUCUAUCGCAUAUUGCAUCAAAUCAAAAAGCGUCACGUUAA